AUGGUUGGCUUUUCACUUCUCAUUUCUACAGCUUUGGCGGCUCAGACAGCUCUCGCUGGUGUAGUCGUACGUUCAAGAACUAACUAUGCAGUCAAAGAAAGACAUUACGUUCCUAGACAAUGGAAGAGAGUAACUCGUGCUCCUGCUGAAGGUAUCAUUAAUUUGAAUAUCGCAUUGAAGCAGAGUCAAUUCGAUGAGCUUGAGCGACAAUUAUAUGAAGUAUCCAACCCUUCCCAUCAAAAAUACGGUAAUCAUUUGACAUCCGAUGAAGUCAAUGAAUUGAUUCGACCAACGUCACAAACUCUUGAUUCCACUAAAGAAUGGCUUCUUGAUAAUGGAAUUAAUGCGUCGAGUUUAAGCUACAGUGGUGCCAAAGAUUGGAUUCAUCUAUCCAUACCAGUCAAGGAUGCCGAGCGCUUGCUCGAUACAGAAUAUCACAUCUAUGAGCAUGAAUCAGGUGGUCAACUUAUUCGUACCCCCAAUUGGUCACUUCCUAUGCAUCUUCACAAGCACAUUGAUGCUAUUCAACCAACAACUUCAUUCAUGCGUGCUGCACCAAAAUCCAGCUAUAACCCACGAGAAGCAAAGGUUGUGCCAAGACACACCAACAUUGUCGAAGGUCAACUUAGUGAAGGGUACACACCAGCUGGAUACAAACCGUCAAACACCACACUUUCGAAAUUAUGUGACGUCUCUGCAGUAUCACCUCAAUGUUUUCAAGAGCUCUACGGAACUGGUAAUUAUAAACCAAAAUCUGCUGGCAAGAAUAAGAUUGGUUUCAACAAUUUCCUCGGAGAAGUCCCAAUCCGACCAGAUGAUGCAUUGUUCUUACUCAAAUAUCGACCAGAUGCAGUCGCCUCUGCCUAUCAAUUUCAAUACGUUUCAAUUAAUGGUGGACCAGUCCAAAACACCACCCUUACCUCUGAGCAAUUGUUAGAUGGUACAGGUAAAGAAGCCAAUCUUGAUCUCACAGCCAUCACUGGAAUUAGUUACCCAACUCCAAUUACCGCCUAUUCAACAGGUGGACGGCCACCAUUCAAUGCCUCGAUUGGUGAAGAUACCAACACCAAUGAGCCAUAUGCCGAUUGGUUAAAUUAUAUACUCGCACAACCUGAUUCAGCCAUUCCCCAAGUCAUCAGCACAUCCUACGGCGACGAAGAACAAACCGUCCCCGAAUUCUACGCUAAGCGCGUCUGCCAACAACUUGCUCAACUUGGUGCUCGAGGUGUCUCAAUUCUCUUCUCAAGUGGAGAUGCUGGUGUAGGAGUCAACGGUACCUGUGUAAGCAACGAUGGAAAGAACACUACAAUGUUUGUGCCAGAUUUCCCAACUAGUUGUCCAUACAUUACUUCGGUUGGCGCAACCAAGUUUUUUGAACCAGAAGUCGCUGCUUACCGUGCUACCGGUGUUGAUCCUAUCAAUGGUGUUUACCAUGGUGGAUGGUCCACUGGUGCUGGAUUCAGUAAUUACUUUGCUAGACCUAGUUAUCAAGAAAAGGUUGUAAGUGCUUACGUCAAGGGUCUCAAUGGAACAUUCGAUGGCCUUUAUAAUAAAUCCGGUCGCGCCUACCCCGAUAUCUCAGCCCAAGGUUUCUACUUUGCCUACGUCUGGAACCAAACCUACGGCUCCAUCUCUGGAACAUCAGCCUCAACACCAUUGAUGUCCGGUAUCAUCGCUCUCGUCAACGAUGCUCUCAUUCACAAGGGCAAACCGGUUCUCGGAUUCUUGAACCCAUGGUUGUAUAGUAAAGGCUACAAGGGAUUCACAGAUAUUUUGGAUGGAAGCGCGGUGGGAUGUGGUGGAGCGGGUUUCCCGGUGACUAAAGGUUGGGAUCCGGCUACUGGGUUUGGUACACCUAAUUUCCCCGAGUUGCUUAAGUUGGCUGGUGCGAAUUAA